AAAAAAGGUCAAUUCUUCUCAUUUUCCUUCCAUUCCAUAGCGCUUUCUCUCCCUCAGUCUUCUCUUCGGCUUAUCCAUCGCUUUGAUUUUGCUACCUGCUGUGCGCUCAAUGGCGAACCGAUGGUUGAGGCCUGAGGUGUAUCCGCUGUUCGCGGCCGUUGGUGUUGCUGUGGGGAUCUGCGGUUUUCAGUUGGUGCGUAAUAUCUGCAUCAACCCUGAAGUCAGGGUAACCAAGGAGAACAGGGCUGCUGGGGUUUUGGAGAACUUUGCUGAGGGAGAAAAAUAUACUGAACAUUUCUUAAGGAAAUACGUCCGCAACAAGGCACCUGAAAUCAUGCCCGCAAUCAACAGCUUCUUCACCGACCCAAAGUGAGGCUUCACUUGGUUCAUGCUGAAACUAAAAACAAAGGGUGAAAAAUUAAGUAAUAUUCAACCAAUAAUAAAUGGACCCCUUUUCAUGUGCCGACUGUAAUGCAAGUUUGUGUUGGUUUUACAUUUAGUUAAGGCGUGUUUUUAAAGACAAUAAAAGAUCUUGUGGAUUUGUCAAACUUAUACUGUUUUAGCCUAUAUGAAUGACUUUUAUUUGCAAUAAUGUAAUUUUUUUAUUGGAAAUA